AUGGACAAAGAAAACGUGCCAUCAGGAUCACCUUCAUCAAUCAUACCAAACGUCAAUGGUAUGUCGACGCCAGAGGUUUUGAACCGAGUUCAGAAUGGGUCCAUUGAUUAUAACACUCUUUUUCAAGCUUGUGUUACCUAUUGCCAAACAGAAAAUAAGGUUGCGGUUCAACAAUGUUUGUCGCAUUUUUUGGGUAACAAGAGCAGGAAUCCUGGACAGGAAACUGGUUCUGCUGGCACGGGAUCUACAUUGUCUUCAAGGUAAGGGUUUUAUUUUUAGAAUAAUGGUUUUAGGUUAAUUUAAAGCGGUUGAAAGUUGAGUUUUGAUCAGUUUUGUUGAGAUAUAUAACUGGAUUUGCGAUAAAAGGGUGUCUUGGGGAAAAAGCUUGUAAUCUAGGUAUUUUAAGAGCUAGAAAAUUUAAAUUUUGGUAAAAUAGAGUUCAGUUUAUCUUUUUUGUGCUUUUAAAUUCAAAAUUUUAAAUUGCAAGUUAACAUAGUUAUGAAUUCUUGAAGAACAAGCAGUCUUACUUCAAAAUCGCCGGGUUUCUUGAGCAAAAAUCAAGCUUUCAGUUUAAUUUAGGUAUUAUCACUUCAUUUUUACUUAACUAUGUUGACAAUAAUGCAAUUUUAAUACCUUUUCUGUUCAAAAUUUAAUCAUUUUUUAAUUUUCCAGAGCUACUUCUACGUCAAACGAUAUCACACACCAAGCGUCAAAAAAUGUCAAAUUACCUAAAAUGGCAAGGAGAGAAAUAAAAGAAUGCGAUAUAUUAAUACCGAUAAAAGAAGCUGGAUCAGAUGCAGGAUUGUGUCCUCCAAGUACUUCUGGAUUUGGAGGGGUUACUAACAACGUUGGAGGCAUUCGGAGGUUGCGAGGGUAUCGCCGUGGGAUAAGAAGUUCUGAAGGAAAUCACAGUGGCGUUAAGGUUCAGGAUUCAGAAGGAUUUCACAGUCAGAAUCAGAAGCAAGGAGGUUUCCACGGUGGGAAUCAGAAGCAAAAAGGUUUUCACUGUGGGAAUCAGAAUUCAAGAGCGCUUCACAGUGGGAUUCAGAAUGCAGAAGUUUUUCACAGUGGGAUUCGGAAGCCAGAAGUUUUUCGAAAUAGGAAUCAGAACCUAAAGGCUUUUCACGGUGGGAUUCGGAAGCCAGAAGCUUUUCACAGUGGGAUUCGGAAGCCAGUAGCUCUUCACGGUGGGAUUCAGGAUCUUGAAGCCAUUCGAGUUAGGAAUCAGAAUGCAAAAGCUUCUCACGAUGGGAUUCAGAAUGCAACAGCUACUUACGAUGGGAAACACAAGCAAGAAGCACAUCACAACGGUAACAACCUUGUCUUUAAUGAUCAAUCAGAUUUAGAAUCAAUUGACGUUGUUAAUGUUGAUGAAGAUGACAAAAAGCUUGGUAAUCUCAAAACUCAUUUUAACCAUGGCCGCAGUAAUGGUAUUGGAUGUCAAAGUCAUAUUAAUCAUGCCAGUAACGUUACCAGUGGAAUUCAUAUUAACCAUGGCUUUCAACUGGACCUUCAGAGGAGUAUCAGCCAGGAAAUUCGGAAUAAUGCUGGAAAUGGAUCUAAAGAUAUUAACCAUGAUCACAAGCGGAAAUUGGCUAAUGAAAAUGAUAUUGCUAAUACCAAUGGUGGACCAUCUGGAUCUAAUCUGGCAUCGUCAUCAUCUGGAGCUCAUAGUACUGACAAUUCUUAUUAUAUGCAUCAAAUGAAGGCUUUGCAAGAGCAACAGAAUUACAAUAAUCUGGUUGCUUUACUUUCCAACCCAGCAUUUUUCACAUCGUUACAGUAUCCAUCAUACGGAGUACCUCAAGCUGGCCGUGCAGCAUCACCAUAUCCUACAUUAUCACCUCAUCUUAUGGUACCAUCUCAGGCUACAGGAUCACAUCAAUUAUCAGGACCGUCUCAGUCUGUAGUACCACCUUUUUCUACAGUACCAUCUCAGUAUACAAAACCACAUCAAUUUUCAGUACCAUCUCAGUCUACAGUACCACCAUUUCUUACAAUACCACCUCAGCUUACAGCACUACCUCAGAUGACAGUACCACAGCAAUUAGAGCUCGUUGCCAACUUAGCACAACUGCUACAGCCAACCUCACCUCACUCUAUGUUGCAGCAGCCGUACCAACAAUACCCGUAUCCUGGUGCUAUGGCGAACAACUUCAAUCAACCAAAGCCGAGCAACAGUAAGCCGAGCAUGCCAGAGAACAGGGAGAAAUGUGUGGUUUGCAACGAUAAAGCCAAGCGCAUUCGUCAUGGAGUCAUUUCUUGUGAGGCUUGCGCAGUGAGUUUUGUUUCUAAAGAUAUUAGUUUUGAGUCUACUAAGCCUAAGCUUCCUAAAUCUAUAUCUAAAAGUAUAAAACUACUAAGCAUAUGCUUACCUAGCAUAAGUCUAUGAAGCUUAAGGUUUCUAAGUGUUCUAACUAAGCCUAAAGCUUGUAAACCUGGCAAACCUUAACUUAUCUAGUCUGUGCGUUGUCAGUUUAAGGUAACUAAGCCUACUAGCCUUAACAAUUGCAAGUCUAGCAAGCCUCAAAUUCAUAAGCCUAAAUUUACUGAUUUUAAGCUUAUCAAGCCUAAGCCUUUUAAAUUUAACCUUAUGAAGCGCAAACCUAAUAUUAUAGGUUUAAGCCAAGUUAUAGCGUACUAAGCCUCUUAAGCUUAGUAAGCCCAAGCUUCUUAAGCCUAAGCUUCGUAAGUUCAGUAAACCUAAGAUUCUUAAGUCUAAGCUCCAAAACCAAAGUUUCUUAGGCCUAGUCUUAGUAAGCUAAAGAUUCUUAAGUCUAUACUUUGUAAGACCGUGGUUUUUAAGCCUAAAAUUUUAUUAAUCAGUUUUAAACCAAUUAAUUUUGUAAAAUAAUAAAAAAAUUUUUUCAGAGCUUUUUCGCUCGUUCCAUAGAUCGAAAAAUGGUAUACAAAUGUAAAAAUGGCAAAAACUGCGAAAUAAAGGACAAAUAUCGUUGUUGCCUGAGUUGCCGCCUGCAACGUUGCUUCAUAUCCGGAAUGAAGUUGGACUACGGCGAACUGGAAAAACUCUACCAAUCGACUAAAAAAGCCUACGAUGACGCAUUUAUUGGAAGGAAAUUUGAUGAUAUUAGAGAUUUUUGGUUGGCAGUCACCGAUUUCUUGAAUAACAUGGAAGGACUGAACGAUGUGGAUUUGGAGGAAAAACUUGAAAUGGUUCGGGAGCGGGGCAUGGCUGUCUUGGUGAGCUUUAUUUUUUUUGUUUUGGAAUACAAAAUUUGAAAAAAUUAUUUUUUUUGAAAAAUGAAAAUUUGCAUAAUAUUUUUUGAGAGAUGGGGGGGUAAAAAAGUUUUGGGGCUUCUCUAGAGAACCCACCCACCCCAAUAAACACACCCACCACCUAUUAUGACCACCCAUUUAUUCAAAUUUGAGUUUUUACAAAUAAAAUUGUAAAAACAUUUCAACUGAUGGAAGCGGUCGUUUUGUCGGAUACGGCUUCGUCCAAGUUGAAUUGCAUCAGGUUUUCGUAGUCUUCGUUUGGGAUGUUGAGUACCGGUUCAUACGUCGGUUCUGAAAUUACGUACUGAACUACAUAAAGUGCUUCUGGUAAUGGGUGUGCUAACUAAGGAGUGGGUGUGCUAACUAAGAAGUGGGUGUGCUAACUAAGAAGUGAAUGUGCUAAAUAAGAAGUGGGUGUGCUAACUAAGAAAUGGGUGUGCUAACUAAGAACUGAUACAGGAUCUUCAACAAUAAAAAGUUAAAAAAAGUAAUGUAACUUACAUAAAACCUAUCGCCAAACACCUUCCGUUUACUCAGUUUCAUCGGCGAUCAACAAUUGGCAUAAGCAGUUGACUUCUCGCAUAGACCAUGGUGUUGAAGAUACCAUACGAGCUAGGUUCUGCGCUUAAACUCGUCUAUAUUUUGAAGAGAAGAUCUCCGGACCUAUUCCAGCGACCACUCGGCAACACAAAAAAAAAUUCAAAAUGAAAGAAGCACAACCGUGCUGGAAAACCGACAAAAUAUUCAAAUUUGGGUGUGUCUAAUAUAGUCGAAAUUUGGGUGUGUUUAAUAGGUAGGGUGGGUGGCUUAAAUAGAUUAGCGCCAAAACUUUUUUAAUUUCAAAAAUUAAGCUAUUAGGUUGUUCAAAUAAUUCUGGGCUCUAAUUUUUUUUGAACGAAUUUUCGGGUUUAGGAAGCACAAAAUUAUGUGAACAAUCUAACAGUGGGUGAGCUAAACGAGUUGGAUAUUAAAGGUAGAACUUUAAAUCAAAAUUUGAUCUUUUUUAAAUUUAUAUGGUAUUUUAAGACUGCUAAGAAUAGUAGAAAACAGUUUUUGUGCUUUAAGCAAAAUUUUAUAAAAGGUACAUGGGUCUCGCAACGAGAGCUGGAAAACUCCUGAUGUGGCAUCCAAAUGCUUUUAAAAGCACUUUGUGUUAAAAAUAAGCUUAAAAUGAGCAUUUUAACAUUCAAAAUUAGGCACAGUAAGAAAUGUUAGGUUUAUGUGGGUCUCACCACGAAAACUUGAAAAAUCCUGAUAUUUUGACCUAAAAUUGCGAAAGAAAAAAGACCUUUAUUUUCCAGAUUCUCCGAGCCAUCUACAUUGACCAAGACCUUCAAAAGCACUGUUGUCAACGAAAGUUGGCCGUCUUUAAGGCCCUCAACUUUCAAGAAAUCAGAAAACAAUUCCACGUCUUCUCAGCCCUCGCCUUAACUGAAGGUCAACGUCAAAAAGUUGUAAGCAAGACUGGAGCCGAUAUUGCUGAAGAAUAUUCGAAUAAAUUGGGGUCAUGCAUCUAUGUCCAUAUGGCCGACCAUUCAGUCAGUUUUCUUGACAUGAUGAAAAACAUUUCCUUUUUGUACAGAGAGUAA